AUGAAGAAGGAAAGACGCAGCUCUGCCAUCAUGAAGGAGUCAGUCAACGCCGUCAUGAGCUUCACUUCAAUUAUGGAAAAUACCAACAAGUUCAAGAUCGAUGAGCUCACAUUCCAUAAGGAGUCCAAUGCAAUCGCCAUGCGCAAGCUUGAACUCGACGAGAAGCGCUACCUCCUUGACAAGGCCGAGCGAGAAGCACGGAUGACAGCAACACUAUAG